AGCGUAGCGCGGCGCGGCCAGACCCCCGGCCACAAUGGCCACCGACGAGCUGGCCACCAAGCUGAACCGGAGGCUGCAGAUCGAGGACGGCGGCGAGGGCUCUGAUCACGAGCAGGGGCAGGAACAGUUGCCUCAGCCCGGGCUCAAUGGGGCCGCGGCCGGGGCAGGGCCCGGGGCGCCCGACGAGUCCGGGGACCCGCUGGCCAGCGCGGACUGCGAGCUCAGCGCCAAGCUGCAGCGGCGCGCAGACCUCAACCAGGGCAUCGGCGAGCCCAUGUCCCCCAGCCGCAGGGUCUUCAACCCCUACACCGAAUUCAAGGAGUUCUCCAGGAAGCAGAUCAAGGACAUGGAGAAGAUGUUUAAGCAGUAUGACGCUGGCCGAGAUGGCUUCAUAGACCUGAUGGAACUGAAGCUCAUGAUGGAGAAACUCGAGGCUCCUCAGACACACCUGGGUCUGAAAAACAUGAUUAAAGAAGUAGAUGAAGAUCUUGACAACAAACUGAGCUUCCGGGAGUUCCUCCUGAUUUUCCGGAAGUCCGCAGCAGGGGAGCUGCAGGAAGACAGCGGACUUCAUGUUCUGGCCCAGCGCUCUGAAAUCGAUGUCUCCACGGAAGGUGUUAAAGGGGCCAAGAACUUUUUUGAGGCCAAAGUCCAAGCAAUCAAUGUCUCCAGUAAGUUCGAGGAGGAGAUUAAGGCUGAGCAGGAGGAACGGAAACGACAGGCCGAGGAGCAGAAACAGAGAAAAGCCGCCUUCAAGGAGCUCCAGUCGGCCUUCAAGCAGUGAGCGGACAAGGGGCAGGGUGGGGCCUGGCCACCCCCUCCAUGCCCCUGCCCUUCUGGAGGCUCCAAGGAAUGCUCUCAAGGAUAGGCCAAGUAGCUCAUGGUUGAAUGGACCAAUUCAAAGAGCUGUUGCCUGUGAAUGAUGAGCCCACCUGGGCCUCAACCGAGCCUCCCAAGUCCUGCCUGUUAGCUCUUCCCGUGCUCCCUUAACAGAUAUAGCCAUUACCACCGGCAUCCUCACCUCUGAGCUCUGCUCACUCCAGGAAUCCCCCUUCGGAUGCUAGUCCUGCCUUCCUAUCUCCUAGGCCCUCAGGACUCCCCUGCAGCUCCCAGUGCAUGGACUUCACCAGCCAUCAAACAAUCCCUUAAGAACACACCUUUUUAGACCAAAUGUAGGCACAGACCUCCUUCCCCUUCUCCCUUUUCUCCUACCCCCUUUCUUCCUUCUCCUUUGCCCUCAUCUUGCUAUUCCUUCUCCAACCCCUGCCAAUUCUGCCAGCCCCACAUGGACCCUCAGGGUUCAGAAAGAUCAUCAGCCCUCUGCUCUGGAGCCAGUUACCAUCUCUUAUAAUGUAAGAAAGGAGAAAACACUUAGCAACCAUUCACCAAGAGGUCAGAGAGCUAUGGGGCAGCCUAGAUAGAUGGAACAUAAAAUGAGUGCUCUAGAGCUGAAAAGAACUUCAACAUCUAGUCAGCCCCCCUCAUUUUACAGAUGAGGAAACUGAGGCCCAGGGAAACCUGUCCCUUGCCCAAGGUCUCCCCAACGUUUCUUACAAAGGCUCCAUUCCUUGCCCCCAGAUUUGGCAAAACAGCCUUGAAGCCCCAUGAUGGUGGUUCAAACCAUGGUGAGAACUUUCUGAAGUUAUAGGCACCAAGCAUCCCAGGCCCUGAGAUCUAACUCCUUGUAUCCAGCCUGGGUUGAGGAAGGUAGGGGAGCAGCUAUCAAUCUACCUCAUUGGGUCCACUUUCUGCCAGAAAGCCAUCUUAUGGGAUGUCUAAGGGCACAGGUGGGCUCAGUGGAGCAGAAAUACCCAGCUCCUAAGGGUCUCAGUGGGGCACAAGAAUCCUGGAAGGCUUAUUAAUAAACAAAUCAGGGGAAGUUAUGGACUGGGGUGAGGGAAAUUGGGGGAGGGGGGAUUGAGACCAGGAGGAAUGGACCAGUCCCCAAAGAAGGGAGAAGAAAAAUAGAAAUACCGCGAUUCUCCAGGCAGCAUCCAAAAAGUGCUUUUAGGUGUAUUUGCAUGCACUGUGACAUUGACGAGCCAAAGGGUCUGCUUCAGCCCCUGGGUUCUGCCCUUUCUCCUUUCACAGUUCAGACCCCCAUCCAGUCAAUCGUCUGUCCCUCCAUUCACACAAACAUGUGGUGCAGUGUCCAACUGGGCAUUAUUCACCGUCUUGCCAGGUUGAUUUUGGUGAUAGUCUCAUUGUGUGUGCCAGGCUAGGGAAGCAUGAGAACCUCGGGCCUGGCUCCUCUGUGAUUCCCCCCAGACCUCAUGGCCUGAGCGACAACCAGUGGUGGCCUUGUUUCCUGAGAUGAUGUUGUGUUUUCUGUCAAUGUGAUUUCUUAACGCUGUGACCAGUCGUCAGUCGCCCAGCCAAAACAGACAAACCAGCCCACUAUGCCACUGAAAUUAUGCAACCUCUCUGUGUCUCUCAUGAUAAUGUCACUGCUUUCUAGACUCAAUACCCUUUAUUUUAGUAACUCUCAGAAGAUCAUACAAAGCUCACUGUUGAACUUUCAGAGGUUUUAUUUUGGUAUAAAUAAUCUGCAGAAAUCGGAGAUACUAAUGAAGCAGGAAUCGGGAUCCCCGGUCGUGUUUCCUUAGUAGAUGUCUUUGUACAGAUGACUAUAAAAUAAUUUUUUUUUUUUUGCUUUUGGGUUUGUUCUCCCCUUAAAAAAAAAAAAACUACUUCA